UCAGCAGGCGGAGCCCGCACUUCCGUGGGGAGGAGUCUGCCCAGUGCUGACGUUGGCAGCCGAACCCGAAGUAGUUCGAGACGACGGGCUACACCGUCCGCUUGUUGCGUUGCGUUUCCUUCCUCUUUUACUCCACGCUCCCGGCGGCGCGAGAAUAUCCCGGCGGCCUGCUCUCCUCCCGCGCGCCCGCCUCGCUCGGCCGGUCAGUCCGGCGUCCUCAGUCAGUCGGCGGCCCGCGCCCCGUUAGCGCUCAGCCCCCAGUCCCCGCGCUCGCCGUGCCCAGGCCCAGCGUCCGGAGCUAGCGCCCCGCCUGAGAACCUCCUUGCUCCGGCGGCGCGGGCAUCGGGAACGUCGCGUCGCAGCGGCCGGAGGGGAAGCGAGCGAGCGAGUUCAAGGGGUGGCUGGGGCAGGUGGUAGCGCCGCGAAGAUGGUCGCCAAGCAGCGGAUCCGUAUGGCCAACGAGAAGCAUAGCAAGAACAUCACCCAGCGCGGCAAUGUCGCCAAGACCUCGAGAAAUGCUCCCGAAGAGAAGGCAUCUGUAGGACCCUGGUUAUUGGCUCUCUUCAUUUUUGUUGUUUGUGGUUCUGCAAUUUUCCAGAUUAUUCAAAGUAUCAGGAUGGGCAUGUGAUGUGACUGACCUUAAGAUGUUCCAUUCUCCUGUGAAUUUUAACUUGAACUCAUUCCUGAUGUUUGAUACCCUGGUUAAAAACAAUUCAGUAAAGCAUCCUGCCUCAGAAUGACUUUUCAUAUCAUCCUUCAUGUGUCAUUCCAAGGUUUCUUCACAAGUCAUUCCAAGUUUUCUAGUCCAUACCACAGUGCCUUGCAAAAGCACCACAUGAAUAAAGCAAUAAAAUUUGAUUGUUAAGCUACAGUAGUGGACCCUACUUAUUCAGUCACUUAAGAGUAAGUUUUUUUAAUGUGGUUAUUAAAAUAGUAUACAGUAUCAAUAAUUAGAUUAAGUCUGUGUAGACAGCCUACAUAUUGUUAACCCUAAUGUGUAAAUGCAAUUAGCUUAAUUUAAAAUUUGGAAUCUUACAGUUUUUGUAUAGGUAGACACUUUAUUACAAUAUCUGGAAUUGAAAGCACACUCCCAUAUAGGGUCAUGUAACUGUUGUAACUGUUGUAAUAAGGUGCUUGUAAAUGGAACAACUACACAGUUAACCUAGUUUUCCCACAAUCUUUAGCACCUAAACAAUUUUAAAAGCUUCUAAAUGCUUAAUAUAAAGGGAGAUGCUUAUAGCCACAAUGUCUGUUUUAACAACAUUUCUAUUACAUUACCUUGGAUUUUGCAUGAAUGAAUAUACUAACCUAAGAUAAUGUAAACAAACAACUUGGUUGAACAUUUUGUAACUUAAUCAGUCACUUCAGUUUCACCAAAAGCUAUCAUGGUGGAGUAGAGUCAGGGAAGGUUUGUUUAUGUCACCAUUGAUUUCAUUAGAAUUACUUUAAUAUAUCAAAGGGGUCCUACUAUGUUAGACAACAUUUUAGGGAAAAAUGCUACUAAAAACGAAUGCCUCAUCAGGACAUACUAUUGAGUCCAAUGUGCCAUAAGACAUCUUAGCAUGUUAAUAGCACUUUUAAUACCAAAAAAUGCACAUCAACUAAGAAGUUACACUUAGUUUGGAAAUGCUUUUUCUGGAUUUACAAUUAAAAUUCUGUUAGGGUUCUAGAUACAACAUACUAAAGUGUCAUCUGGAAUUAAAUGGAUUUACUGAUAAGGAUCAGUCUUCCCUUUGUUGUAUGAUUUUAUAGGUUAUGGUUGAUUAGACUUUUUACUAAUGGUAAGGCUGAGUGAGAAGGCAGAGUUUGGGUUUUCUGAUGCUGUUGAAAAUUACAGUUAUUGGCUAUUUAAAUACCCAUAACUUGAUCAAAAAAGCCUGAGAGGUGUCUAUGUAUUAAUGAAUUGGAAAGAGAGCUACUCUUUUGCUUUGUUAAUUGCCUCAGGAUAUUUCUUUUAAAAUAAACUGGUUUAAGAGGAACAGAAGGGAAAUCUGCUACCUAGCUUAUCCACAGUGUGAACUUCAGAAAGAACUUCUCAUACCCCAAAUAAUGGGGGAGAAUGAGGAAAGGAGUGAUUAAGGAUGCUUAGGAAUUUGAUUACUCUAGAAUAGGAAAGGAAUCAGCUGACCUGCCGCCAGCAGGUUUUUAUGUCAUUGUUACCUGCCUUUCUCACCCAGGAAGUCAACCCUAUACUUGUUUCCCUCUUUAAAUCAAGUGUCUUGGUUAACUCUUUUAUUGUAACUUUAAAAACGAAAGUUAUUCUAAAUUCAUAUCAGGUGCCUUAUUCUUUGCUUUGAGUCAAACCAUUCCAUAUCAGAAUUUUACUUGGUGUACUGUAGAUAAUGGGCUUUAAGAUGUUGGUUUUUUUUUUAAAUGUACAAUUUCUAUUAAUUUGACUGUUAAAUUGCUAUAGCUAGCAAUCACUUCACGUAUGUAAAGUUGCAUUCCCUUUCUAUUUCAUGUGUAAUUUUCCAAUUGAGUGCAUUUUUUAUUAAAGAUGGAUUAUGCAUGUUUGGGUCAAUGAAAACUAUGUCUUUGGUUUAUCCUUUAAAAAUAAAAGUUCCCUGAAUAUUUGAUGCCUUCUAAAAGAAAGUGAUUUUACAGAGUUCUUAUCUGAGUGUACUUUUUACAGUAAAUAGAAAAUAAUUUUAAAGAAUCCCUAGUAUUACAAUGUACUUGAGAUAAAAUAAAUAGUACCCAGAUGCACAAAUUUAAGGUUUAAAACUGGAAAUAGGUAGCAAGGAAAAUAUAUAGAAAGCACAGUUAAUGAAAUACUUUCCCACUUAGGAUUUUCCUCAUUCCAUUGUUAUCCGAGUCUGGUUCAAGGAAGAAACUCAGUUUUUUGAACUCCCUUUCCCAGUUGAAUUUUAUAUGUCAUCUAAUGUUGAGCACAGCAGGAAAAUAAAUGCUUUAUUGCGGUUGUCUACCCAAUUACUCUUUGUAUUUUAGCUGUAACAUUUCAAUGAGUUGUCAGUGAUUUCAUUGUAUCUGUUGGGCUGUAUGUCAUGUCGCUCAAAGUAAUUGAGUGGGCUUCCAAGAUAAGUAAAGAUUUUCAUUGUAACAAUGCAUUGUAAUGGCUUUGACUUAACAUUAAAGGAAUAUAUAUACUCAA